UGGGGCAGCGCGCGGCAAGCCCGGCUCCCGCAGGGUGUGUGAGGGCAUCGGCUACUGCUUCUUUCGCUUCUCGCUCCUGCGGGCGUUCGCGUCAGCCCGGUUGUGCCUCGUCCAGCCCCAGCGCCGGUAACUGCCGUUCUUUCAGAAGACCUGUUGUCUUUGUCGUGCCGCAUGGUGUGUCAUAGUCCCGGACUCCACACGACUGGAAAAACAAGAUCUGAAUGACUGACAAGCACCCUUCUUUUUUUCCAAGCCUGGAUUAACUUUAAUUUGCCUGCUGUUGUGAUUAGAAGAGGUACCUUAAUCAACCUACUGCACGCUCAGACUGAAGUACAAGCAUAUCCUGUAAGGAAAAGAAUUCUCUCUGAAAAUGGCAGAAGCUCAUCAAGCAGUAGCUUUUCAAUUUACAGUAACGCCAGAUGGGAUUGACUUGCGAAUGAGCCAUGAGGCACUCAAACAAAUAUACCUAUCUGGUGUCUAUUCAUGGAAGAAAAAAUUCAUCAGAUUCAAGAAUGGAAUUAUCACUGGCGUUUACCCUGCUAGCCCAUCUAGCUGGCUUAUUGUAGUUGUGGGUGUGAUGUCAACAAUGUAUGCCAAAAUUGAUCCUUCUUUAGGAAUAAUAGCUAAAAUCAACAGAACACUUGAUACAACUGGCUACAUGUCAAACCAAACACAGAACAUCGUGAGUGGAGUACUUUUUGGCACGGGGCUUUGGGUUGCCCUUAUUGUCACAAUGCGCUACUCACUAAAAAUGUUGCUUUCCUAUCACGGUUGGAUGUUCGCUGAACAUGGCAAACUUUCUGCAGGCACCAAGUUUUGGAUGGCACUUGUAAAACUCUUCUCGGGACAUAAACCCAUGUUAUACAGUUUCCAGACAUCUUUACCACGAUUACCAGUUCCAGCUGUUAAAGACACAGUCAAUAGGUAUCUAGAAUCAGUUCAGCCACUUAUGGAUGAUGAUAAGUUCAGAAGGAUGGAGGGUCUUGCCAAAGAUUUUGCAUUUAAUUUGGGACCAAGGCUUCAGUGGUAUUUGAAGCUGAAAUCCUGGUGGGCCACAAACUAUGUUAGUGAUUGGUGGGAAGAAUAUAUCUACCUUAGAGGACGUGGACCAAUUAUGGUUAAUAGUAACUAUUUUGCAAUGGACUUCCUUUAUCUAUCUCCCACAACUCUGCAGGCAGCUAGAGCUGGUAAUGUUAUCCAUGCCAUUCUGCUCUAUAGGAAAAAACUGGACAGGCAAGAAAUCAAGCCAAUUCUUCUGUUGGGAUCUACUGUUCCACUCUGCUCAGCACAGUGGGAAAGGAUGUUUAAUACCUCCCGUAUCCCAGGAGAGGAAACAGAUACCCUCCAGCAUGUGAAAGACAGCAAACACAUUGUUGUGUAUCAUAAGGGCCGUUACUUCAAAGUGUGGCUAUACCACGAUGGCAGACUGUUGAAACCCCGAGAAAUUGAACAGCAGAUGCAAAGAAUUCUUGAUGAUGAUUCAGAGCCUCAGGCUGGUGAAGAGAAACUAGCAGCUCUUACUGCAGGAGAUAGAGUACCAUGGGCUAAAGCUCGACAGGCUUAUUUUAGCCAUGGAAAGAACAAACAGUCCUUAGAUGCUGUUGAAAAAGCAGCAUUUUUUGUGACAUUGGACGACACCGAGCAAGGGUACAGGAAAGAAGAUCCAGUGAGGUCACUGGAUGCGUAUGCAAAAUCCUUAAUACAUGGUAGAUGUUAUGACAGGUGGUUUGAUAAAACAGUCACUCUUGUAGUAUUUAAAAAUGGCAAAAUGGGUCUGAAUGCAGAGCACUCUUGGGCAGAUGCUCCUAUUGUUGGACACCUGUGGGAAAAUGUAAUGGCAACUGAGUAUCUUGAACUGGGCUAUUCUGAAGAUGGACAUUGCAAAGGAGAUACCAAUCAAAAUAUUCCUAUUCCUACCAAACUACAGUGGGAAAUUCCAGAAGAAUGUCAAGAAGUGAUUGAGAGGUCUCUGAGCACUGCAGUAGCUCUGGCAGAUGAUGUGGACUUCCAUUCAUUUCCCUUUGAUGCUUUUGGGAAGGGACUAAUAAAGAAAGCCAAAACCAGCCCUGAUGCCUUUGUGCAACUUGCCCUGCAGCUUGCUCACUAUCGGGACAUGGGAAAAUUUUCUUUAACAUAUGAAGCCUCUAUGACACGCUUGUUCAGAGAAGGCAGGACUGAAACUGUUCGUUCGUGUACCGUUGAAUCGUGUAAUUUUGUUCGAACCAUGGAAGACCCAACUAGAAGUAAUGAAAGUAAGCUAAAGUUCUUUCGGCUUGCUGCUGCCAAGCAUCAGCUCUUAUAUCGUCUUGCAAUGACUGGUGCUGGCAUCGACCGCCAUCUGUUCUGCCUUUAUGUUGUAUCCAAGUACCUUGCUGUAGAGUCUCCCUUCCUUAAGGAAGUUUUGUCAGAGCCUUGGAGGCUGUCAACAAGUCAGACACCACAGCAAUACAUUGAUCUGAAGAAGAACCCUGAGAUGUUAUCCCCUGGUGGAGGAUUUGGACCGGUGGCUGAUGAUGGUUAUGGUGUUUCUUAUAUGGUCUUGGGUGAAAAUUCCAUCCACUUCCAUGUCUCCAGCAAAAUAUCUUGUUCUGAGACGGAUUCUCAUCGUUUUGGAAAAAACAUCCAGAAAGCAAUGAUGGACAUCAUGGAUUUAUUUAACCUGAGUAAAAACAGUACCAAGUGAUUUACCUUCUUGGAGCCAAGCAAUCUUCUGUUGUUGGGAUGAGAACUCUUCUGCACAGGGAAUGAGAGCAAGGUUUGUCAAACAGUAGCUGGUGAAGGAAGAAACUGAGUUACCAUCUGUUUGGUCACCUAUGAAAACCUUAGCAGUCUAUAAAAUGUUUAGGUUUUUUUUCAGUAGUUUGGAAGAGAUAAUUUCCACAAAAGACGACUUUUGAAAUCUCGUACAUUUCUAUGGAUGAAGUAUAGCAUCAUUGCAUGAAGUCAUGUAUAUUCUAACACCUGCUGUUUUCUCCUAAUUUGUAUACACUUGCUCUUUUUUUACUUAAAAUUAGUCUACUUGUAUUCCAGAAUCAAAGGGAUAAAAUAUACUGUCUUAUACCUUUUUCUAGUAAUUGAGUUUAUUUGCAAUGUCUUAAUAGCAGGAUGUUCUUCAAUGUAUCUACUGCUUUAUGUCAAUGAAUGACAAAACUUGUGUCUGUCUACCUUUGUUGGUUGUUUUUUGGGGUUGUUUGGGGGGGUUUAAGGUAAUUUCUGUAAAACAAACCAAAAAUCCCUGCUAUAUAACCCACCAUAACAUAGCAAGUUGUAGAAAUUUUAGGGGUUUUGGUAGAAAACUGGAUGGUGAAACGUGUCACUAAAUUAGCAGGUACACAUUUCUCACUACUUAUCUUGCCACAUUGUUGAUUUUAUUUUCAUAUAAAUAAAUGGACCUGUGUGCUUGUUCAUGCAAGUGCCUUAGAAAAAGAAAGAUCCUAAACCCAGGAAAAAAGCUGAUGCUGGGAGUUGGUUUUACAUUGUCUCAUUGUCUUAGUGGUGAAGAAGGUGAAGUGGUAGUAAUGCAGUUUUCAAAUCAUAAGUUAGGUGGAUGUGGUGGUGGAUGUAAGUAGACUUGUUGCCAUAUGGUGCGGUUCCUUAUAAUGCUCUAAUUAAAUGCUCCCAUCUUUAAAUGGUAAAGAUCAGUUCCUAUGAAAUGCAGGAGUUUUGUGAAUGGUACUGGUGCUAAUUUGAGAUACGAGUUGCUGGGUCCUAAGGAAUGUUGGUUGAGUUGAAUGUAACCUGUUGGAGAGUCUGCAAAGCCAGGCUACACAGAGAUGUGGAUCAGGUGCGAUUUGCCUGGUUUCAGCCUCGAGCACCACUACCACAUUACCAGCUGUCUGCAUGAGAAGGGCAAACUAUUGCAGCUGUGGAAAAUAGCUCCAGAAUGGGAAAACCCUGGACUUCUCAGACCCCUCCUGGGAAGUGCUCCUGGUCAAGCACAGUUUCUGAAGGAUACAGGGAGGGGGAGGGGAAAGCUGUUGCACUCAAAGGAAUGUUUCCACAUGCAGAAAUAAAAUGUCUACUACAAAAUGGAGCAAUUUUGUGCGCGAUGCUUCUCUUCCCCAGGCUUCAUCUCUGUGGUUACUUUUUACAUCCUGCAGUGCAGUGCAGUAAAGUGUACUUCAGCAAUUUCUUUACAUGUAAGGUACAUGGUGUUCAGUAACACGGUGAACACUGCUCUAGACCUCUGUUGAUUUGACAAAGGCCUCAAGGGUUGAUCUAAAACUUCUCACUAGACUUUGAAUGUUUUCUGGCCAGUAUUUCUAACUUUCUAUACCUCUUGAUAUUUUUUUUCACCCUGAUCUAGCUAUUGAAACACCUCUGUAGGUGUUUUUCAGGUGGGAAAUCUCAAAGAUCGCAGACAAAAGCGAAUUAAGCAAAUGUAUGCCUACAUAAUGUGGGAACCCUCAUAGGAAUUGGCCAAAUACACUUGCUGUUUCAUUAGGGUGCCAUGUGUUUGAAGCGACACCUCCAAAUAAGCCUUACGGUGGUUGCCAGGCCUGGAGUUCAUCAAACUACUGUGACAAAUUUGUAGGGAUCUGUUCUUUUGGAGCUGCAGAAAUAAUGUGCUGUUUUGCUGGUGUUUUUUUAUUGACCACUGAUCAAUCUGUGCUUAAAUUAAUAUUACAGCAUAUUAGUUUGUCGGAUUUUCUUUGAAAAGUUUAGAUUUUGCUCUCAGGUUUUAAAUGUUUCAAGUGUAAUUGUAGUUAGUGUAGUUAUCAAUGCAAUUUUACAUUCUGAGAGAGUAAGUAGAAUUGGCACAGAAAGCUGUUUCUUAUUGUAAAUGUUUUCAGCAUUUUGUGGUGUUAAUUUUGGGAUAGAUCAUAAUUCCUAAACAGAUAGGAUUUUAUUUCAUUUUCUUUAAAAUGUCAACAGCAUGUAAAUAAAAUGUGGUUUUUAGAUGUAAAUCUUAGAAAUCCACAGUGAAUGUAGGUUAUUAAUAAUUAAUUUAAAUCUUGAUGUUUGCUAUUGUGUGCAUACAGUAAAACUGCUUGCUUUUUUGCUCAAAAGCCAUAGGAAUGUAACUCAAAUGACCUAGAUUUGAAUGAACAUUCUAGUACAGUGUACUCUUAUUACGAAGUAUAAUGUUGAUGUUGCAAAGAAAACAAUCUAAGGUUUUAGUAAGAAAUUACUUAUUCUCAAUUAUUGAUUUAAGAGAUCAAAGUUGAUGUUGAGUAGGUGGUAAAAGUCAGGUUUGGAUGAUAAUAAAUUGACCUGUUUGUUCAAUAGCAGCGUGGGAUUGGUGGAAUACUUUGAAUGUGCACUUUUCAAAUUUCUUAUUUCAUGCCAGAAACUAGGAUUGUGCAGGAUUAAAGGAAGUGUGUGCCUGACCUUGAAAAUCAUGGAAAUAAUUCAGCCUUUGUACCAAUUUGUUUUCUCAUAUAAAAUAUAAUAAUUUAAGCUAG